ACCUAGGAAGCAGCUCCCAAAGACCGAUGUCUAGUCCUCUGAAUCCUUACCAUGGCCCACCGGUUACGCAACCGCAAGUCUAAAAAUACGGUAUAAAAGUGGCUAGACUUCAACGCCAAUGCCUAUAUGAUUCCACCACAUCCCACCUCCCAUCAAGUUUCCUUUCAGACGCUGUCACCCAACACCAGCCACGCGGCGUCCAAGUCAUCUCUCCUCGCCCGUCACCAAAACGAACCGCGAAGAUGAAGGCAUAUACCGUCGCCGCCGCCGCCGUCCUCCUCCUAGCCGGCCCCCUCACCACCGCCCUCCCGGUGCCGGACCCAGCCGCGUUUGAAAUCUCCGACCUCGUCUCCACUCCCUCCUCCAACUCCUCAAAACUCAGCCUCCAGUCCCGGGCCCGCCCGAUCUCUCUCCCUAGUACUCCAGGUUUCAGCGGCACAUCGUCCACUCUCCAAUUCGACGCCCCUGUCCGUCGAGACGUCGGCAACGAGUACCCCGCGAUCGACGGUGGUAGUCUACCACCCAACCUGAACCAAACGCUGCUCCUCACCAAAUGCGAGCGGCUGAGAGCGGAGCAGAGGCUGCGAAAGCACCUGGUGCUGGAGCCGUGGGGGAGCGAGAAGUGUCGGCCGAUGGAUUGCAGGAAGGUGGAUCCUGUAGAGUGCCGGUUUUGCUGGCAUGUGGAGACGCCGCGGGAGGCGUGGGAGCGGGAGUACAAGCAUGGGGAUAAGUCGGUGGGGUGGUGGGAGUCUUUUCGGGGGGAGUAUAAGUGGGGGAAUGAGGGGUUUGAGGGGAUUCGGAAAGGAUGGGUGAAGGAUUUUGGCGGGGGGAGUAAUAAUGGCGGGAGGGAAAAUUGGGGGGGGGGCCCGCUUUGUGUGCAUAAGCCGCCGAGGGAAAUGGGACGGAGGAGAUGA